AUGUCGUCUGCGGAUGACUCAGAUCAUUACUCUCAGGAGCACGACGACACCUCACCCCUCAUGCUUGAAAAGGACACAGAUGAUGAGGAUGUGGGCGAGAGCAGUCCCACUAGGUCUCCGCAGGUAACUGAUGAGGACGAGGAUGAGGACGGUGUCACCGAGCUCAUGGAGGCGGCCAAACGAAAUGACGUGGAUGCGGUAGAGCGCUACAUUCCUUAUCAGGCAGGAAAAGUGGCAAAGCUUGUCAAGGCAGGGAUGGUAGAUAUACACGGGGGGACGGCCCUGAUGGUCGCUGCAGUGCUUGGACACGUUGAGGCUGUGAGGCUGUUAAUGGAGCACGAGAAUGGUAUGAAAAGCAGUACCGAGCUGACGGCCCUCAUGUGGGCGGCAGCAAACGGUCGCACCGAGGUCGUGAGGCUACUCCUGGAGGUUGAGGGCUGCAUGGAAAAGUGUCGUGGCUGCACUGCCCUCUCAUUUGCAGCAUGCUAUGGUCGUCUAGACUGUGUCAAGUUACUGCUGAAGAGGGAAAAGAAUGUAGGCGGUAUGUCUGCUCUUUCCGUGGCCAGUAUUUGGAAGCAUUCCGAGAUAGUAUCUUUUCUUGAGAGUGAAGGCGUUGGACUGAAGGAGCCCCAGCUACGGAUGCCACCCAGAAAGCCCAUGAGUGAACUCGCCUAA